GCGUGCGCUCGGAUCGACUUCGAGACGGGCCGCAUCUCGGUGAGCCAGAGCCGCAUAUGGAAGCUGCACCUGGCGCUGCUGGAGAUCGCGGAGCGCGGCUGCUCCAGCGGGGAUGACAUGCUGCCCCUCCUCGGCCACUACACCUGGGCGGCGAUCCUGCGGCGAUGCUUGCUGGGUGUAUUCCACGGCGCCUACCGCUUCGCCCGCGCUGCGGGCUCGCGACGGUGGCCUGAGGUGUUCACCGAGUGCCGCGUUGCUGCAGCCCUCAUCGCCUUCGCCUACAUGGGCACCAAGCUGGAAAUGGACCCCGUGGUCCUAGCCACGGGUGCGUCUACUGGUUCAGGAGACGUGGAGGGCUCGGGCUUCGGCGGCUUUGCUAUGACGGAGAAGGCCUGGAACCCGUGCGACGUCUGGGCCGCUGCUUCUUGUAUGGAGCGCUGGCGCUACAGGCCUGAAGCUGCCAUCGAAGCACGUCGGCACGCACUCGCCGCUGCACAGAACCAUGCGGACUUCAGAAAGAUCAUGAAUAUGGAGGGCGUGGCACGCCCCGAGGGUGAAGAUGAAGCGAGCCAGUCCAGUCGGAUCCUUGGCGGCCACCGUGACACGUGCGAGAAGCUGUUAGACCCGAGCGUCAGCCCGUCCGAAGUGGAGCAGACGACCUUCGAGGAUAUCGAUCCGAACUUCUUGUUGCCGCUGGACUCCUGGAAGCUGAAGGUGUUCGGGCGCUGGCAGAGGCCCGAGGACAUCAUGCGCUUGGAGGGCCGCGCACUGAUCACAGGUGUGAGGCAUCGGCUGCGACGCGCAGGAGCUUCUGGGCAUGUUAUUCUCAGUCUAUGCGGCAACCUCAGCUUGACCCUGGCAUUGGAAAAGGGAAGAUCCUCACACUACGUUCUGAAUCAGAUUUGCAGAGAGUCGGCAGCCUUGCGUAUUCUGACGGGGUCGUCCGUAGCCGCGCGCCGGUUCUCGAGCGAGCUCGACUCGGCCGACAAAGGGGGCCGCGCCAUCGGGGGGCCGCCCAGCUCCCACGGAGGUGAUUGCCGCCAUGCUGGCCAGCUCGGAGCCAACGGGGCGCGGGGCCUCGCUGCAUCGGCCCUCGCCCGCGCUUGCUGCGAGGCGUCCACCUGGCGGGGCGCUGGCGGCGCGCGGUCCCUCGGCGAGGUUGAGCAGCGCGGGCAGCCUGGGCGCGACCGCAGCAGCCAGGGCGCCCCCCGGCCGCAUGGCGACCAGGGGGGCCCGUUGGAGCGCAGCAGCGGCCGCAGGGUCCGCUCCAGCCCCAGCUCUGGCAGCUCCUCCAGUAGCGACGUGGGCUCGAUCGGGUCGGUCUCUGACUCGGGCCGAGAUCCUGAGAAGACGACGGCGUAUGCGAGGUCAGCUCGUCACGGAGGGCGGGUGCGGAACUUCUUGGAGUGGGCCAACGAGGGCAGCCUGGGGGGGAUCUCCACUCGGCGCCUGGACCAGCUGGCCGCCAAGCACAUGGACACUCUGUUCUUCGACGGGAUGGAGGUCGGCGAAGCGCGAGUAGGGGCUCGGGAGACCUGGUGCCGCCCGUGGGUGCUCGCGGUCGUCGGUGUCAGCCUGCUGCUGGAGGACCUGGGGUUCGCGGCGGCGCUCUGGCUGGCCUGGGGCGGCCUGCUGCGCCUGCCGCCCGACCUGGUGAGCAUGGCGCCCAAGACCUUGAUCGGGCCUAGCAGGGGCGCGGCGCCCGCGCGGGCGCUGCCCCUGAACCCGAGCGAUGAGGGGGCGAGGGCUCGGGGCCCAGGCUGCCGGCUCUGGUCGUUCGACGGCCUUUGGUUCACCGAGCGGUUUGAGGCGCGGCUGGCAGCGCUGCCUGAGGCGCCCGCCGCGGCGGCCUACCAGGUGCGCCGCGGGGCCGCGAGCCACGCUGCAGCAGUGGAUCUGCUCCCGCUCAGCGCCGUGACCGAGCGGCUGCAGCGCGCCAGCGCCCGCAGCAGCUUGCGCUACGCCGAGCACGUCCGCUACCUUGCGAUGCUAAAGCAGGCGCCGCAGGUCGUCGUGGACUGGAGCGAGCUGAUCCACGUAUUGCUGGGGUGCCUGCUCCUGGGCGCCGACGUCCUGGAG